CUGGAUUCUGGCUAUACUUCUUGUACUUUCAAUUAAGAUUCAUCUUUUAUCCGUUAAUAACAUAUUUCCAAUUGUUGUUUGUUGUUGCGUACUGUUCAUCAUGGUGCAUGAAAUACUAUCGAAGAUAGGAUCGUCGAAAUGUAAACGAUAAAGGCGGCCGCGAUAAAAUUUGUUAAUAGUUUAUAAUGACACGUGUCUAAACGGGUCAAUGGCUCAAGUUUGAAAAAAAGAAAAGACGACAGGUGUCAUGUUACUAUCGUGAAAUUCUUGAUCGCAAAAUGGAAUGACGUUGAAUCUCAUGCAUGACACUUCCGUGAAAUCAGAUACGUGUGUUAUUAUUGAUCAUAAAGAUAAAAAAGAAAUGGACAGGGAUCAUAGGGAACCACAUGAUCACGAUAAUUUAAAUGAAAACGAGGAGGAACGAAAAGUAGGAAUGGAUUUUCGUAAUUUAUCCCGUCACCAUGGUAUGGAUCAUGUAGCUGAUGUUGAAACAGAGCGGGAUAUGGAAAUUGAUCAAAACGAUCGGGGUGAAAAUUUACAAGACGAUAAACUAGAUCAAAAUGUAGGAAGAAAUUUUCACAGUUUAGCGCAUCAUCCUGCUGUGAGAGAUAUGGAAAGGGAUCGAAAUAAUCAUGUAGAUAAUGUGCAUGAUGAUAAAGUUGAUCACAAAAUGGGACGAGAUUUUCGUAAUUUGAGUUCUCAUGCAGGCAUUGUUCAUUUACACUCUGGAAUUGAACAUUUAAAUAAUGUUGAUGUAGAGGUAAAAUUAGCAAGAGAUGUCCGUGGUUCGUUAGGUUUGGGACUGUCAUUAGAAUUAUGCGUGGUUUGUGGGGAUAGGGCUAGUGGAAGACAUUAUGGGGCAAUAAGUUGCGAAGGUUGUAAAGGAUUUUUUAAACGUAGCAUUAGAAAACAAUUGGGUUAUCAAUGUAGAGGAAGCAAAAGUUGUGAAGUUACCAAACACCAUAGAAAUCGGUGUCAGUAUUGUAGGCUUCAGAAAUGUCUUGCAAUGGGAAUGAGAAGUGAUUCUGUUCAACAUGAGAGAAAACCGGUGUUAGGUGAAUCAGCAGGAACAAAAGUAGGAAAUAGAAGUCCUAGGGUUAAACCAGAACCACAGCAAUCAGUAUCUGAGACUCCUCCAACUUGGGAACAACCUGAAAGCCCCAGUAUGGAAGACCAAAGCAGUGAUAGUGAUCUUAGUGAUGCAUUAACAUUAGCAAGAGAACGUUUACUUAUUUCGCAUGCAUUAGAUAGCAUGGCUAAACUUAUUGGAGAUAGUGUUAAUGGUUCAAGUGAGCCAGAAGAAGAAUGGACUGGCCAAUUAAUUUCCGAAAGACAUACGUUAUUCGAAUUAAGGGCCCCAAGUCCAGCUCCUGCGUACUUAUCGAUACAUUAUAUUUGCGAGAGUGCCGCUAGAUUACUUUUUUUGUCAGUUCAUUGGGCCCGAGGAAUUCCGGCAUUUCAAGCAUUACCAUCUGAAGUUCAAACAACGUUAGUGCGCAGUUCCUGGGGACAGCUUUUUACUUUAGGACUUGCACAAUGUGCAUACACUUUAUCCCUUCCCAGUAUUCUAACAUCAAUAAUAAAUCAUUUACAAGCUAGUAUUGCACAGGAAAAAAUUACAGCUAGUAAAGUGAAGUCUGUCACAGAACAUAUAUGUAGACUACAAGAUUGUGUUAGUUCACUUCAUAAAUUACAAGUGGAUUCCGUUGAAUACGCGUACCUUAAAGCGUUGACUCUUUUUAGUGCCGACAAUGUCUUAGCCGGCGUGUGGCGUAAAAAGGUCGAAGUUUUGCAAGAAGCUGCGUGGACAGAAUUACAGCAACGCGUAGGAUCCAACAGGUUACCUCGCCUUCUUUUAAGGCUUGCACCACUUCGUUCAAUUAACCCUAGGGUCUUGGAAGAUUUAUUCUUUGCAGGUCUGAUCGGUAGGGUAAGCGUAGCUAGUGUCGUGCCUUAUAUUCUUACUAUGCAAGAUUACAAAGCUGAACCUGAAAGUCAUAUGGGGUGACAAUUACUAAUUGUGCAAUGUAAAUCGUGACCUAAAAAAGUGAUAUCUAUAAAUACAUAUAUAUGUUAUAUAUAUGUCGGGUUUGCGUUAAGAUUAGAGUUAGGGUUAAGGGCGUGAAACGAAUCCCUAUUGGUAUUAGAUGUGAUCAUUAUGCAAUAGAG